AUGGCGUUCAUUGACCCCAAAAAGAUCAAGGUGUUUGUUCUGGACGAGGCUGACGUGGUGAUAGCAACUCAAGGCCACCAAGACCAGAGCAUCCGCAUCCAGAGGAUGCUGCCCAGAAACUGCCAGAUGCUGCUCUUCUCUGCCACCUUUGAAGACUCAGUGUGGAAGUUUGCCCAGAAGGUGGUCCCAGACCCCAACAUCAUCAAACUUAAGCGUGAAGAGGAGACUUUGGACGCCAUCAAACAGUAUUAUGUCGUUUGCAACAACAGAGAGGAGAAGUUCCAGGCCCUGUGCAACCUGUACGGGGCCAUCACCAUCGCCCAAGCCAUGAUCUUCUGCCAUACCCACAAAACAGCUAGCUGGCUGGCAGCGGAGCUCUCCAAGGAGGGCCACCAGGUGGCUCUGCUGAGUGGGGAGAUGAUGGUGGAGCAGAAGGCAGCUGUGAUUGAGCGCGUCCGAGAAGGCAAAGAGAAGGUCCUGGUGACCACCAACGUGUGUGCCCGUGGCAUUGAUGUUGAACAAGUGUCUGUCGUCAUCAAUUUUGACCUUCCUGUGGACAAGGACCGGAACCCGGACGAGACCUACCUGCACUGCAUCGGGCGCAGGGGCCGCUUUGGCAAGAGAGGUCUGGCUGUAAACAUGGUUGACAGCAAGCACAGCAUGAAUAUCCUCAAUAGAAUCCAGGAGUGGCUGGAGAAUAAGAACACUUUCAAAAUUGGCCACCAAGUGAUGCAGACCGGAGAGCGAAGGUCUGCAGAGGCUGAGAUCGCCAGCCGUCCGGACAGCUAUGAUGAUUGCAAUAAAUGUGAGCACAACCUGUAA